AUAUAAUUUCAGAACUUCUGCUGAGAGGGAAGAGUAUAGAUUAGGGAUGUUGUAAGUUACUCAAAGGGAGAAGAGAAGCUGAGGAACCAUGUUACACCUAUCAGAUUGACCAAUAUGACAGUAAAGAAAAAUUAUAAAUGUUGGAGGGGCUGUGGCAAAAUUGUGACACAUUGCUGGUGGGACAGAUCCAACCAUUUUGAAACUGUAACCAAAAGGCUAUAAAAACAGUGCAUACCCUUUGAUCCAGUAAUACCAACACUAGAUUUAUAUUCCAAAGAUAUUUUUUAAAGCGGGAAAGGACCUGCCAGCACAAAAAUAUUGGUAGUUUUUCUUUUUGUGGUGGCAAAGAAUUGGAAACUAAAGGGAUGCCCCUCAAUUGGGGAAUGGUUGAACAAAUUGUGGUAUAUGUUAAUGAUGGAAUACUAUUAUGCUGUAAGGAAUGAUUGAACAGGAUGAAAUCAGAAAGAGCUAGAAAGACCUACAUGAACUGAUACAGAGUGAAAAAAGUAGAACCAGGGAAACAUUGUACACAGUAACUGCAAUAUUGUGGAAUGAUCAAAUGUGAUACUUAGAUACUCUCAGCAAUACAGUGAUCCAGAAAAAUUCUGAGGGAUUUAGGAAAAUACUAUCCACCUCCAGAAAAAGAACUGUUGGAUUCAGAACACAGAUGAAAGCUUAUGGUUUUUCACUUAUUUAUUUGGGUAUAUGUUUUGAUUUUAUAAGAUUAUUCUUUUUUUUUUUAAACCCUUAUCUUCCAUCUUGGAGUCAGUGCUGUGUAUUGACUCCAAGGCAGAAGAGUGGUAAGGGCUAGGCAAUGGGGGUCAAGUGACUUGCCCAGGGUCAUACAACUGGGAAGUGUCUGAGGUCAUAUUUGAACCUAAGACCUCCCGUCUCUAGGCCUGGCUCUCAAUCCACUGAGCUACCCAGCUACCCCCUAUAAGAUUAUUCUUGAAUAUAAAUGAAUAUUAAAAAUGAAUGAUAGGGAAAUGUUUUGUGUGAUAAUACAUGUAUAACCCAGAUUUAAUUGAUUGUCAACUCUGAGAGGGGGAAAAAAAGAAGGGAGACAAUAUGGAUCAUAAAACUUCAGAAAACAUAUGAAAAUUUGUUAAUACAUGUAAUUGGAAAAAAAAGAAAUAAAGUAACCUGAAAAAAAGAGAAAGUUUUGAAGAGAUACUUUGUGGAUAGAUGAUUACCCAGUUGAGCUCUAACACAAAGUAACAUGAAUUUGUUGUAAAUCGAGGCAACAUGGUUGUAUAACUGUUUUGAACAACAUUCAGUUGCAUUCACAUAGGAGUGGCGAGGGUAGAGAAUGCAGUAUCACAGAAUUGGAGUUUGUAAAAGCAUGAGUGGUGACAGAAUUGGGGGGAACAGGAUUCAAGCUAAGUAUAAAGAUUACCUGUUUAACUCUAUUGUGGAGGCUGUGAAGGGAAGAAAAUUAUCCCAGAGUAGGGGGAUAGAAUGGAAAAGUAGGGAGGAAUAGAGUGACUUGGUCACAAUGAGUAUUCACUCCAACCAAUGAAAAGGCAAGGCCUGCCAGCAGAACCCUGGAUCAGGCAGGGUAGGGAAUACUGGAAGAUGGAAGAGUGCCGGCCAUAUAGUUGCGGCAGUAGUGAUGAGAAUGUGGCUGCCUGGCAAAUAAACAGGGAAAAGGAGAGGAGAAAAGAGGGGCAAAAAGCAGAGGAAUUAGAAAAGGAUGAAGAGGAGGACUCUUACCUUACUUUGGAGGUUCUGGAUGUGUUUAAGAAGCUUGUUGACAUAAAAUGUCCCUUCCUUGAAGGUCUUCAUAUUACUGAACUGAAAACAAAAAAACAGUUGCUAUGUAGCCCCUCAAUGUACCGUUUAACCAUUCUGGAAUGGUUGUUUGUGAGACUGUAUCCACCCUCUGAAGAAUUAUUUGCCACUUUUAAGGACUAUGAAGCUGAAGAGAAAAUAUUAGAACUGGUGAGACUAGGUCAUGAAUUGAUGUUGUGUGGACCAGAUGAUCAGAAUCUCAUAAAAGGUUAUAGCAAUGUCAAAGAACAACUCUGUUUCUUUAAACAGUUACUGCAUUUGGUCAGCAAUCUGGAUGCUGGACAUGCCGACUUCUUCUCAAGUGCAGAGAACUUCCACAACUUAGUGAUGAACAAUGAGAUGCUGCUACAUAAGUUGUUCAGUUCAAAUGUCCAGCAGAUCUUAAACCCCAAACUCAGCGCUUUCCCUUUGGACAUAGAGUGCCACUUUAAGAUAAAGAAAAAAGUUAAGUCAAGCAAGAACAAGGUGAAAGAACUUUCUCAGAAAUUGAAUGAAUUCACUGAAAUGCUUGAGGAACUCAAAGAAUAUGCAGUCCUCCAAGUGAAAAUGCCCAGCAAAGGCAGCAAUAACUUAAGUCAGGCUUUCCGUGUAACUCUCUCUGAUCUCCACCAGCUGAUUGUUGCCUUUUUCCACGUCAAUGAAAUUGAAUGGCGGGAACAUAGUAACCGCCCAGCCCCUAAUAUCAACCCAUGUGGCCCACAAUUUCACUCUGUGUGUGAGAUACUCACUCUCUACAAUCAGGAGCUGAAAGCUGUCAGUGAAGUCAUUAAUACCUCUAAGAAUGUAGAGAAAAUUGUAAAAGGACAGAAACCAGAGAAAGUUUAUGUGGCUAGAGAGAACUACAUGACGACUUUGGCCUCAAAAAUGGAAAAACUGAGACAAAAACACAAGCUCUUCCAAGAUCCUCUACAGAAAUCCAGUGAAAGCUAAGGCACCAUUCCUUAGGGCUCAGCUGCUGCUCCUGGCGGAAAAGAGGCUUCCCAGAAGCUUCUGGAGAAGGAGAUUUUCCAAGGUGCCAUUAAAAGAAGAUAAGUGUUGCUGACCAAAACCUCUUCCUCAGAAAAAUGAGAGGCUAGUGUUGGGGAAUCUAGUGUUCUUCUAAGCCAUUUUCCUCUUUACUUCACUGGUAACCUUUUGAUUAUGAGUUUACAAACACAAUUUAACAUUUAUUUGUCUUCUAUUCUACAUGAUUUCAUAUCUUUACUUCCAAAUUCUAUUGUCUACUCCUUCAAGCCAAAUAAAUAAAUAAACAAAUAAAGUCUCCUUCUAUAUCUUCCCUAGGUCUUAUUAUGAAUUUAUAAAAAUCUUAAGGGGUUUCCCAUUGUCGGGGGAGUGGGAGAACAGUUUAGAAAGAGUGAGGCAAAAGUAAGAGACAAAAAUAUGAGAGAUUAUGAUCUGGGAGCCAGUUAUACAGCUCAGUAGAUAGAGAGCCAGGCCUAGCCAUGAGAAGUCCUGUGUUCAAGUCUGUCACUUCCUAUCUGGGUGACCCUGGGCAAAUCACAACUCCAACUGCCUAGCCUUUACUGUUCUUCUGCCCUAGAAUAGACUAGUAUCUUAUCAAUUCUAAGACAGAAGGUUAAGAGUUUUUUAUUUGUUUGUUUUUUUAAAGAGAAAGAUUAAUGAUCUGAGCAGGGAAUUUGAGAGUUUGAGAUCCAGGAAAAAUAAUUCUAGAUAAUGGUAAGAAGGAUAUGACCAUCUCAGUAUGUAGCUAAAGUCGAAUGAGAAUUUAGACCUUAGGAGUGCAGCUAGGUGGCUCAGUGGAUAUAGUGCCUGGCUUGGAGUCAGGAAGAUUCAUUUUUCCAAGUUCAAAUUUGUCUCAUAUACUUACUGUGUGACCCUGUACAGUCACUUAACCCUAUUUGUUUCAGUUUCCUCAUCUGAAAAAUGAGCUAGAGAAGGAAAUGGCAAACCACUCCAGUAUCUUUGCCUAGAAAACCUCAAAUGGGGUCACAGUCAGACACAACUGAAACAACUGAACCCAAACCAAAAGUCGAAGUUGAUGAACUGGUAGCCUAGAGUGUAUGAGUGGGCAAAUAGGAGAGCAUUAGCUAAGGAAAAGAAGACUGAGGUUGACAUAACUCCUUGAGAAAAGGAGAAUCACUGGCUUCUGGGGUUAAUCUAGGUUUCUAUGAGUUCAAGAUGGAAAGAAUAUCAUGAGAAGAGGUCUAAUACGGAUAAUCUGUUAACAGCAGAACACAUGUUCCAAAGGAUUGGAAAGGGGAGGUAUAAGGACUGAAGUAGCUUGGGGAUAAGGUGAACAGGAAAUGUAUCAGAGGGAAAAGAAAUUUUUUACCUAGGUGGCCUUUAGCUCUAAAUCACCUCUAGGGAAGAAAACUUGCUAUUCAUAACAUAAUAAACUGUCAUAAUUAGGAACUUCUAUCUUAAGCCCUGCUUUUAAUUUUGAGUGUAAACUGCUCUAAGUAUCUUCUAAUUCUGAUGACUGAUGAUAUAGCCUUAACCAAUUCUAUCUAUCAUUCAGUAGUUUCAGUUGUGUCCAACUAUGUGACACCUCUUUUGGGGUUUUUUUGGCAAAGAUACUGGAGUAGUUUGUGAUUUCCUUUUCCAGCUCAUAUUAGAGAUGAGAAAACUGAGGCAAACAAGGUCAAGUGACUUGCCCAGUAUCACACAGCUAGUAAGUUUCUGAGACUAGAUUUGAACUCACUAAGGUGUGCUUUUCUGACUUCAGGUCCAGCAAUUCUAUCCACUGUCUCUUAUCCAAGAGCCUCCUCAUGGGAAAAGCACUAAAGAAGAGGGAAGACCAAGUAAAUCUGGAACCAAUGUGUCAGGGUGAAAGGAUGAGUGGAUUUGUAAUGUAACAUAGGCUCUUUAGUGCUAUUAAAUUAGAGAAUCAUAAAAUUCUAUUUAACAUUAAUUACAAUUUUACAUGUUUGAUUUACAUCUUAAAAGUUUUAAAAUUUGGUUACAAAUGGAGCUAUGGUUUGCUGAAUUUAAGAGAUCUACUCUUAAUUUUCUCUGCAAAUUUCUAAUAGCUCAGGUGCAGAAGAAAUCAUUAAGAUACUAGUAUACUAAAGGAAUGUAAAUGUAAUACUGCUACAAGACACAAUUCUGUCUUGAGGAUUUUUCAGUAAUCAAACUCUAGCUCAUCCUCCCACCAAGAUUUUCUUUAAGGAACACAAAUAGGCUGGGUUUUAUUUCACCUAUUUGAAAACAAAAAGAUUCAUCCAUGAGUCUGUAGUCAAUCCAACUAAAUUUCCCCAACUGUCUUAAAUAGACCCAUUGUAUGGGUCAGAAAUGUAAGGGGUUAAUAUAAAAGGUUGGACUGGAUUAUUUAAGAGAAGGGUCACCAGGAAUUUUAAUCAAAUUAUUUUUAAAGGCAAUUUAUUUAUUUAUUAUGUAUUUAUUAUUUUGGUCCCAAAAGCUGGGAUCUUUGGGUUUAUCAUAGACUAUCUUGCUGAAGUCACUUACCCCAAGUCUAUUC